UAAGGAUGAGGAUGAUAAGGAUGAGGAUGAUGAGGAUAAGGAUGAGGAUGAUGAGGAUGAUGAGGAGGAUGAGGAUGAGGAUGAGGAUGAUAAGGAUGAGGAGGAGGAUGAGGAUGAUAAGGAUGAGGAUGAUGAGGAUGAUGAGGAUGAUAAGGAUGAGGAUGAGGAUGAGGAUGAUGAUGAUGAGUUGCCAGGUGCAGCUGAUGCCUAUUGCCUUCCCUUUUUUUGGAGAGGAGGCAAACCAACGGAAUUCCGGUGGCACUGACUCACCAGAAAUCAAGAGUCUCUGAGUUUCUGUCUCCCUGGAAAAUAACUUUCAUUUCAUAGGAAACAGAAACUCAAAGGCUCUGCCUGGCAAAGGAUGCGCUGGUCAGAGAGGAGAUGCUCAGGCAAACCUGGCCAUUGCAUUCCUGAUGCCAGAAACUGAGCCAGGAGGGGCCUUGGAGACCCCCCAGGCGUUGGGGCUGACCUCAUUGGAGAAUGCCGGGCCCCCAAAAGCGGUGCUGGGACCACUUCCCGUCCAGAGGGUCCCGCUCUCCACCAUGCAAAGCCCGCAGGCUGUCACCUGGUCCUCCCAGGCGGCCGGAGAGUUUGCCGGACAUCAUGUCGACCUUAGAGCGGCUCUCCAGCCACGGCCGGAGAGAGCUGCUGCUGUCCUUCUUCCAGGCCCAUGAGGGUGAUCUGUCCCGAGCGCUGGACAGCCCCGGCCUUAGCCCCAGGGACGUCCACACUCUGCUGCGGGCGGUCAGGCGUGUUCUGGAGGGGCCUCCGGGAGCACGGGACGUCCAGCCGGUGCUGGAGCUGGUCCUGAGUCCGGCCUUUGUGCUCCGGAGUCUGCUGGGCUUCAUCGCCAGCCUGGAGGCCUUCCGCUGCCCGGACGGAGAGGUCUCUCGGGAGGUGAUGGGGGACACGGUGGCCACUCUCCACCACUUGCUAGAGGCAUCCUCAGAAAAGGCACAGACUUUGCUCUGCUACCCGGUGGACCUCCUCUGCACCGCGGUCCAGAGGCUCCAGAGCCGCGGCCUCCUCUUCGCCUGGGUCACCCAGAAGCAGCUCAGGGACACCAAGGCGCUGCUGGACAUGGCCUUCCUGGGGUCGAGCGGACCCCAGGGAGCCGCCCUUGAGUCUCUGGCCAGUCGGGACAACUUCUGCCUCGUCCCGGUCUUCCCCACGCCGGAGGAUAUAUUCCUGGAGCCCACCGCAACCCUCAAGCCCAACCUCGUGUCCGGCAGGUACAAAAGUGACCGCUCCUACCUGGACACCCACUUCCGGCUCUUGCGGGAGGACCUGGUCAAGCCCUUGCGGGAUGGCAUCUCCUCACGCUUCGCCCUCCGCAGCCUCUUCUCCGACCCACAGAAGCCGCCCAGUGAGCUGCGCCUCUACCGCAACGUCCAGCUGUCCGGCGUGGGUGCCUCCCGGGCUGGCGUGACCUUUCUGGCCACCUUCCAGGGCAAGUCGGGCUUGGCGGCCACGAAGUCCCUGCUGAGCGGCUCCCUGGUGUGCCUGCUCUCCGAGGACGAUGACGGCCAGGUGCUCUUUGGGACAGUGUCCGGGUCCCGCCACCAGGAAGGGUCGGUGUGGCUGGACAUCAAGCAGAGUCAUGCCAGGCUCCUGCGUCUCCUGGGCCGAGCCACCUUCACCAUGGCCGAGUCGCCUGCCUUCUUUGAGUCCUACCGGCACGUGUUGCAGGGCCUGCAGGAGAUGGAGGCCGACCCGGUGCCCUUCCGGAAGUACCUGGUCAAGUGCCGACGGGAGGUCUCCCCACCGGCGUACUUGCAGGAGGAGGGGGACGGGCCAGGAAUGGUAACCUUUGACCUCAGCGCCCUGCAUCCCCCCAAGGACAAGCGCACCACUGCCAAUGCUCUCAUCAAAGUUGGCUUCCCAUCAUCUCCUGAGGCCAGUGCGGACUGGCCCGAGGCGGAGGCUCCGCGGAUAGGCCUGUCGUCCGUGAGCCCCCUUUGCCCCCAACUCUGGAGGCCGGAGACCUUUCCCCACCUGGACGAGAGCCAAGUCAACGCCAUCCGGACAGCCCUCGGUUCUGAGUUUGUGCUGAUCCAGGGCCCACCUGGGACAGGGAAGACCUUCAUCGGACUGAAGAUCCUGCAGAUCCUCCUGGACAACGAGAGCCUCUGGAACAAGGCAGACACUCCAUGUCUGGUGGUCUGCUACACCAACCACGCGCUGGACCAGUUCCUGGAAGGGGUCCUGGACUUCCUGCCGGAGGGGGUGGUGCGCAUCGGGGGCCGGAGCAAGAGCCAAAGAGUCAACAACGCCUGCGCCUUGAGGAACCUGCGACAAAGGCAGCCCCCCAUCCUGCGCCCCACCUGCGAGCGGCAACGCUUUGGACAGAUGCUGGGGUCCCUGCGGUGGCAAAAGGAAGACAUCAAUUUCUGCACCGAGGUCCUGCAGCUUCUGAGGAGAGGGGUGCUGACCGAGGGGGAGCUGGAGCCCCAGAUCCGCAAGGACCGCCUCCGGAUCCCCCAGGGUUCGAUGAUGCGUUGGCUGAAGGUCUUCCCCCCAAAAGCGAACAGGGAGCAGCCCCCAAGGAGGCAGGAGAGCAGCAGGAAAGCCGCAGCCGGACCCUCCUCCCGGAACAACAGCGCAGGGCUUUUCCAGCCUCACAGGGAUGAGCGGUUCCUGGAUGACAAUUAUGACGAGGGAGAGGAGGAAAGGUGGGGGGCUUCAACGAGCGCCAAGGAGAAGUUUGCCUACAUUGUGCCUGAAGAGGAAAGUGCCCAUAAGAAAUGGCUGCUGGCGUGUUUGGCGGACGGGGACACCAUGGCCAACGAGGAGGUCGCAGAGAUCAAGGACACCAGGAACGUCCAGCCCAGUGACCGCUGGCGCCUCUACCGGAGAUGGGUGGCAGCCUAUGAAAGCGAGAUGAAGACCAGGUUGGUGGAGAUGCUGGCCACGUAUGAGGAGGUAGCGGCCGAGCUGCAAGAGCUGACCUUCCAGGAAGACCUGAGGAUCCUCAAGGGCAGCCGGGUCAUUGGGAUGACCACCACAGGAGCUGCCAAGUAUAGGAAACUGCUGCAGAGCAUCCGUCCCCAGAUCGUGAUGGUGGAAGAGGCGGCCGAGAUCCUGGAGGCCCACGUCCUCACCUCCCUGACCCCUUCCUGCCAGCACCUCAUCCUCAUCGGAGACCACCAGCAGCUGCGGCCAAAGCCGGCUGACUACACCUUGGAGAAGAAAUACCACCAGAAAGGAGGGAAGUGGGCAAGCAGUAGCCCAGAUGUGGGCACCACACAGAGAGGAAGCCAGCUUGCCGUUCAUCCUUGGCACCAAGGCAUGGAAAAGAACGUGUUCUUCGUGCAGCACAGAGAGGAAGAGAGCCACAGCGCCGACUCUGAGAGCUACAGCAACAGGCACGAAGCCGCCUUCCUGGCCUCGCUGACCGGCUACCUCAUCAAGCAAGGCUAUAGCCGCAGCCAGAUCACUGUCCUCACCCCAUACCAUGGGCAAGUGGUGAGCAUCCGCACACUCCUGCGCCAGAAAGGGAUGGAGGAAGUGGCCGUCCAUGCCGUGGAUGACUUCCAAGGAGAGGAAAAUGACAUCGUUCUCCUCUCGCUGGUGCGAAGCAACAGCCAAGGGAAGAUCGGCUUCCUCAAGGACAAGAACAGGCUCUGCGUGGCCCUUUCGCGAGCCAAGAAGGGCUUCUACGGCCUCGGCAACCUGGACGCUCUCUCGGCUGGCAGCCAUCUCUGGAAGGAGAUCUCUGGCCUGCUGAAGAGCAAAGGCCUUCUUGGGGAGGAGCUCAUGCUGAUGUGCCAAAACCACCCCGAAACCAAGACGGCGGUCAAAGCGAGUGAGGACUUCAAGGCACUCCCAGAUGGAGGCUGUGCGCUCAAGUGCCAGGUGCGGCUGGAGUGCGGCCACCCUUGCAAGCGCCGCUGCCACCCCUUAGACCAGGACCACUGCCGCUACCGUUGCACUUUGCCCUGCAGCAGAGUCCUGUGCGAGCGGAAGCACAAGUGCCCCAAGAAGUGCGAGGAGAAGUGCGGACUCUGCGAGGUUGAAGUGGAGAAGGUCAUCCCUACGUGUGGACACAGCCAAGCAAUGCCCUGCCACCUUCCUCCUGAGGCCUGGGUUUGUCAGGAGCCCUGCCAGAAAACAUUGGAAUGCGGCCACCUGUGCAAACUGAAGUGUGGAGAGAACUGCCAAGUUGCUUCCUGCGAGGAGACCGUGCAAGUCACCCUGCCAUGCUCCCAUGUGGCUGAGACAGAGUGCUUCCGGCAAAAGAUGCCCUUGCCGUGCCGGGAGAAGUGUUCGCAGAAACUGGAUUGUGGCCACAUUUGCCAAGGAAGCUGCCACGAAUGCAUCGCAGGCCGUGUGCAUGCCGCCUGUCGUCGACCGUGCACCAGAGUCCUGCUCUGCUCCCACACGUGCCAGGGCUCCUGCUCUGAGAAUUGCCCCCCGUGUAAAAAAAGGUGCCGCAACCGAUGCCCACACAGCCGCUGCAAUAAGACAUGCGGGAAGUUCUGCUUCCGCUGCAUGCAGCCUUGUAGUUGGCGCUGCAAGCACCACCAGUGCACACAGAUGUGCUGGGAGCUCUGCAACCGGCCCCGGUGCGACCAGCCCUGUGAGAAGACCCUGCGGUGCAAGCACCCCUGCGUGGGUCUCUGUGGGGAGCCAUGCCCCAAAAAGUGCCGGGUGUGCCACUGGAACGAGCUGUCGGAGGUUUUCUUUGGAAAUGAAGACGAGCCAGAGUCUCGCUUUGUUGUCUUAAAGGAGUGUGGGCAUACUUUUGAGGUGCGGGGCCUGGACCGCUGGAUGGAUGGGGAUGGAGACGGCGAGGCCCAAGCCAAGCCCGUCCAGCAGAAGGUGUGUCCCAAGUGCUCAACACCCAUCCAGAGCAACCCGCGUUACAGCAAUGUGAUCAAAGCCACGCAGCAAAGGAUCGCGGAUAUCAAGCAGAAGAUGUACGGCACCCGCGAGCAGCUCCAGUUCGGCCAGGCGGCUUUACUGAGCGAGCUGAUUGUAAUGUCGCCAUGCAACCGCUAUUUCAAGAAGGAGGCCCUGAAAAGGGAGAUUGAGGAGACGGCUUCCCUCCAGAGCCUCAGGGACUACGAAAGCACCGUGCGGCUCCUGUUCUGCCUCCAGCGUCUGAGGGACCAAGCGAUGCGCUGCACGAAGGAGCAGGGAAGGCGCCUGGCGGGUGCAGCCGAGGCCCUGGAGUCCUGGUUGCACCGGAGGCAACGUGGAGACGCCUUCGCAGCCCAGCAGCUCAGAGAGUGCCGGAACGAGGUGAAGAGGCUCUCGUACCUGGCCAAUGUCUUCGAGCGCCUGACCAUCUGCGAGAGGAAACAAAUGCCGUCCUCCUCCACGGCAAGAGAAACUGCCGACAAGGCCUUGAGCCUCCUGACUGGGCCAGAGCCCUUCACCGAAGCCCAGGAAGAGGCCCUCCUGCCCACUCUGGAGACUCUGGACCGCCUGAUGCCAGCCUCAGGGCCACGACUCUCCCAGGCAGAGAAAGUCUCCAUCGAGGAGGCCAUGCGUUUUGGCCGAGGGCAAUGGUACACGUGUCCCAAUGGCCACUUCUACAGCGUGGGGCAGUGUGGGCGGCCAGUGGAAAAGAGCCAGUGCCCCGAAUGCAGGACUACCAUCGGCGGGCUGAAGAAAAAGGUUCAUGCGGGCAAUGUCACUGCCAGCCUAACCCUGGAGACUGGCAAUGGAGGGAAGGAGGAGGAAGGGAGGCCCCUCAGCAGUAUUGGUGACUUGGUCGGUCUUUCAGGCCUUCCCAUAUCCAUCAAUGCCACUGACCACCCUCCUGCUGAUCUGGGCUCUCCGUUACAAGCCAACAACAGCCAAAGUGAGGCCAGCGGUCAGCUGCCUGGUUUCCUGGUCCCAGAACCAUCCUGCCCUCCAUACGGCCCUCCUCUCCACCAAGGGGCAAAAGGCACCACUCCAGGCAGGUCCCAGCAGGAGGGCUCUGGGGAGGCUGCCAUGGAAGAGACAGCUUCCUUUGAACCGUUGAAACCAGAUAACACAUGUUUCCCUGAAACAACAUCACAGGACUCUUAUGAACCCAUGGAACAAGACAGCCCAAGGUCCCCUCAGGCCUGCAAUGAACCCACCAUAAUGGACCCCCUUGAACCCAAGGAGGAAUACAUCCCAUGGUCCCCUCAGGCCUGCACUGAACCCACCACAAUAGACCCCCUUGAAUCCAAGGAGGGAGACAACUCAUCAUCCCCCCAGGCCUGCACUGAAUCCACCACAAUGGACUUCCUUGAACCCAAGGAGGAAUACAUCCCAUGGUCCCCUCAGGCCUGCACUGAACCCACCACAAUAGACCCCCUUGAAUCCAAGGAGGGAGACAACUCAUCAUCCCCUCAAGCCUGCACUGAAUCCACCACAAUGGACUUCCUUGAACCCAAGGAGGAAUACAUCCCAUGGUCCCCUCAGGCCUGCACUGAACCCACCACAAUAGACCCCCUUGAAUCCAAGGAGGGAGACAACUCAUCGUCCCCUCAGGCCUGCACUGAAUCCACCACAAUGGACUUCCUUGAACCCAAGGAGGAAUACAUCCCAUGGUCCCCUCGGGCCUGCACUGAACCCACCACAAUAGACCCCCUUGAAUCCAAGGAGGGAGACAACUCAUCGUCCCCCCAGGCCUGCACUGAAUCCACCACAAUGGACUUCCUUGAACCCAAGGAGGAAUACAUCCCAUGGUCCCCUCAGGCCUGCACUGAACCCACCACAAUAGACCCCCUUGAAUCCAAGGAGGGAGACAACUCAUCGUCCCCCCAGGCCUGCACUGAAUCCACCACAAUGGACUUCCUUGAACCCAAGAAGGAAUACAUCCCAUGGUCGCCUCCGGCCUGCACUGAACCCACCGCAAUAGACCCCCUUGAAUCCAAGGAGGGAGACAACUCAUCAUCCCCUCAGGCCUGCAUUGAACCCACCACAAUGGACUCCCUUGAAUUCAAGGAGGAUGACAGCCCAUUGUCCCUUCAAACCUGCACUGAACCCACUACAGUGGACUCCCUUGAACCCAAGGAGCAAGACAGCUCAUUGUCCCCUCAGAGCUGCACUGAACCCACCACAAUGGACCCCCUUGAUGUUGUAGUUCAGCCUGAACCUGAGAUUGGGCCCAUUCAGCCAGUGAUUGUCCCUGCACCUACUUUGUCAGAGGAUGCUGGGUUUGAGCCUGACAUACAGUCAGAGUUUGGGCCUGAGAUGCAGCCAGAGUCUAUUUCAGUGGAUUCUGGGACCAGAGACAGAAUGGUUGCAAGCAGGCAUUCUGAACCGCAUUCUUCCCCGCUGUCAAGGACAGUUCACCAGGUGCCAGAUGGGCAUUCUAGUUUGGAGGAGAAUGAUGUAUUUGACAGAAGGGAGGCCAUCAUUCAUGGAAGGAGGGAGCGCGAAUGUUUACGAAGGAGUAAACGACUGUUUUUGAAGCAUGCUAAUAAGUAGUUUUCUCAUGAGAAAAACAGUUUUCCCGUGGAAGGAUAACCUUGGAUUUUCCUUAAAUGCCCGGUCCUUUCUCUGCUCGGCAGAGGUGUCGACUUUGCAAUUCAAGAGAGAAAGAUCUUGCUCCCUGUUCUUGUAUGCUUUGCAGCUGUGGAUUUUGAUUCAAGUUCCUGCCUUUUUUUUCGUGUCAGGAGCAACCGGAGUUGCUUCUGGAGUGAGAGAAUUGGCCGUCUGCAAGGACGUUGCCCAGGGGACGCCCGGAUGUUUUGAUGUUUUACCAUCCUUGUGGGAGGCUUCUCUCAUGUCCCCGCAUGGAGCUGGAGCUGAUAGAGGGAGCUCAUCCGCACUCUCCCCGGGUGGGAUUUGAACCUGGCAGCUUUCAGGUCAGCAACCCAACCUUCAAGUCACAAGGCUUUUAUCCCCUAGGCCACCGGGGGCCUUGAUUCCACUUGAAUGCUCUUGGGACUUUGCCGUGUGGAUUUCUAGUACCUUGGAUUACACUGGAGUUUGAUCCUGCAUUUUAGCCUUGUUUCCUGUGGUUUCCAGAUUAUUUCCUGCCUUGGAAUUGGAUCUUGUUUGGACUAUUCUUGAUACUUCUCGUAGGACUGAGUUCGAGUUCUGGUUUUGACUAUGAUAUUUGAGUGACUUUCUUAGACUCUUGCUUAAAGACUUUCAAGUACAUUGCUCUUGUGGAUUUAACCCAUUUUAUUGACUCUGAACUUUAUUUGCUUGUGCUUACUUAUAAUCUUCAAUAAACAGCUUGUUUGCUUAUAUUCUGGGCUCCAGUGUGGUUUCAAGGUGCCUAUGCAGCCUAGGGGUGCAACACUUGAACCCAAGGAGGAAAACAGCCCAUUGUCCCUUCAGACCUGCACUGAACCCACUACAGCGGACUCUCUUGAACCCAAGGAGGAAUAUAUCCCAUGGUCCCCUCAGGCCUGCAAAGAACCCACCACAAUGGACCCCUUUGAACCCAAGGAGGAAGACAGCUCAUCAGCCCCUCAGACCUUCACUGAAUCCACCACGGUUAAAAGAGAUUGAUAUGGGUUUUUUUCUUGAUGUCUUAGGCCUGUUCUUGGGGUUAUUUGGGGUGCUGAUUCAGAACACAGUAUUGGAUGGACCACAUGAGCUCUAGUUUCUUAGAAAUGGUCAUCAUAGUUUUCUAUGGGCAAGCAGAUGGCGACUGAUAGAUGGCCUGUGUUCUGUAUCCCAAAAACUAGAUCUGAUAGCGAGAAAAUGGCACCUAUUCUGGAGUCUGUGUUGGGAAAUCAUCCUGGACUACUCAAGUCCAAAUGUAGUUAGAUAGAUUAUAGAGUUAGAUUGAGGGAAUCCUUUCCCUGUUUCCAAAGCAUGCCUAGACAGGCUUCACUGUGUUUCAUUCUAUCCUGUGUACGUCACAUCCUUUACAUUGAAGUUAGUAGAAAUGUGAAUCUUUAGGGACACUAACUUCCCAUUGGUCAGAGUGUCUUUUAUGGCCCCAAUAAACUGGACCAUGCGGUUGGAACCAUUUUGGUUCUCUCUUCUUCCUUUGUUCUUCAAGCUAACAAGCAGCAUCCUGCCAUCUCUCCUGGCAAGAUGUAACUAUGUAGAUGUUUGUUAUUUUUCCUUUCUUAUUUUUCCUUAGAAACCAGUCUAUAGUAAUCUAGACAGCUCCCAAGCCUUUCUAUCUACAAUGGAGUUCUUUUUACCUGAAUAAAUACUUUUGAACUUUUAUUGAGACUCUGCAGUCCAUUGCAAUCCUAAAAGGCUUCUCUUGCUCGCCAGUGUAAGUAACUGUUGCAUUUGAAAGCUUUGCUUUUGCUACUCUGCUGAUUUUGGUGGAAUCUCCCCCAGAGAGGGUUAACAACAGUCUGCAGGUCAAAUAUACCUAGAAACAGGACUAACAUCUGUCUGGUGCAGAGUUUGGAUAUGGAAUUUAGACCACAAUAAAAUGAGAGGGCAUGGCCUGGUGAGCAUUAUGCCAACCAUAAUUAAUCAAAGUUCCAGAUUAAAAAUUCACCAGAGAAGCAAAGACAUAGGACAGAGGCGUUUAUUGCAUCUUGGCCAAGAAGCAAUGAUUGUGAGCUCCUGCUCCAAAAUUAUAAGCAUAAGAACAUGUUCUCUCCAGAACGGUUUAUACAAUCAGGGCCCCCAUUGUUACAGUUUGAAUUGUCCUUCUUCUGUUUCUGGUUGGCAGCACUUCAAUGACAUGCCUGGAAAUCCCGUCUCAGUCAGGCGGGGAAGGCUCUCUGGGCAGAGAAGAGUCUCCAAGAAGUGCUGGCAUUCCAGGUCAGCAGGCGUCCAGGAUGAUGGGAUUAUGAGACCCAGGCCCUGGAGAACAAUGAAGCUGGUCUCUGUAGUCUUGGCUUGGGCUAGGUAAACGAAGGUGCCUGCUGAGGUGGAUGUAGUUGGGCUAUUGACUGAGGCUAAGGAGCAUUCUUGGGUCAUCGCUCUGUGGCCUGAGCCAAAGAAAUAGAUAUUUUACAUUCAAGAAUAAGAUAGAAUAAAAGUACAGUCUAUACAUUUCAGACUUGGGAAAUGUACAAGGGUUGAAUGUAAAGUGAUGCCUCCACCUUCGUUACUUGGGUUUGGAUGGGAAUAUUUUUAAUAAAUCAAACGCAAAAAUAAUCCUUAGAAUGUGCUCUUUAACUACCACUACUCCAGACAAUUGGAUACAUUUCUGCCAAGGAUGAACAAGUUUUCUGAAGCCGUCACGGAAGAAGUCGACACUGUUUCCGCAACCGGCGUCUCGCAGAACCCAUGGUGCACAGAUCUUCCGAUAGCCAAGCAAAGCAAUCAUGUGACCCACAUAUUCUUGUGAAAUGCCUGUGAUGCUUGAAAUUUCUCUCUGAGUGAUAUGACGAUCCUGAAUCAAUCUGUCAACCUUUUGCUUGUGAAACUCGGUGGUUGCUAUCAGAGGACAUCCAACUCUUUGUCACGCAAGUCCGAUGUUCCCACCUCAACAUCUUUAAACUUACUUGCCCAUUGAUGCACAGGACUCACAUCAACACAAUCGCCAUAAACAGCUUGCAUUCUCUGAUGAAUCUCCUUUGGGGUGACACCUUCUGCUGUCAAGAAUUCAGUGACUGCACGUUGCUCAAGUUGCAUGUCUGCGCAGGGUUCCAUACUUUGCAUUUUAACAACACAACUGUUCAAUGCUCAGGCUUCCCGCCAAAUGGAACUGUAGAGGAGACUCUACUGAACAAGCCAGGACCUGCCGCAGACCAGGAUUGCCACCUGUUGAGGAGUUACGAAGGGGGAGGCAUUACUUUUCAUUCAACCCUUGUAUCUAACUGGAUAAAAAUUAUACAGCAAGGAAUGGAUAUAAGUUUUGGCUUAGGAUGUCUAAGCAAGAUUAUGUCUUUUUCCAGACCAGCCAGAUAAAGGAUGUUGCAAUGACCCAGAGUCUCCUUUUGUUUCUAAAUCACACCCGAGGCUGUUUCUCAAGGUGAAACAAUACGUCAGUGAUAGAGGUCAAUGUUUCUUUUCCCAGAAGUAAAAUAGAACAUGUUUAAUUGAUGUAUAGGAAUAAAGAUGGAAUAAAAUAUCUUCUAUCUAUACACAUAAUACAAGUGAAAAAUGUGUAUGUGUGUAUGUGGCGGAGGUGUCCACUUGCACAGACAGCCUCUGUUAGAUCCCAGCCAGCCAGGGCACCAGGGCCUGCCGUGUUUCAGGACUUGCACUUUGACACAGAUAAUGCUGAGGAUUAGACUGACAUUUCACCCUCCACGGAGGGGCCUUUGGAGCUGCCCGAAGAUACUGGCUCUGGAGACUUCCUAAUUGGGGAAGACUCUUCUAUUCCUCCCUCGCAGAUAGAGCCAGAUGUUGCUGAGACGCCUGGGAACGGGGUUUUUAAUCGUAGAGAUUUUGUACAUUUUGGAAUGUAUCAGCUACUGCACUCUUGUGGAUUUGCCUGAUGUGCUCUGGCUCAUUGCAGCAGCAGAAAAGAAAUAGAAACUCAAUUAGUGCUCCCCAUAAGCUUGCCAUCUUUACGUCUUUCACACAGUUUUAUCCCAUACCCAAAAUCCAAUACAGCCUAGCUAUAAUUUGCAGACUGGAAGCGUAAAGUUUUGGAAGUCCGUCCACUUACAACAUGAGGGACAUGAAGCUUUUGUUCCAGUUCAAUUGUUACCAACAACAACUAUUCCCUGUGCUGCCUGGGUGGGUUGAUAAACGGUUAAAGUCCAAAACAUCUGUUGUAGUGACUGUUUGCAAAGAUGUAUUGAGUUAAUGCCUAUGAAUUGCUGGAACGUUUGCAGGAAUGCUAUUAUUAUCCCUAUUAUUUAGCACAGUUGUUCUCAAUCCAUUUGUAUUUUAGAAUGUUUUUAUGAAUGUUGAUGUAAGUUAAUAAUUUUUAAUCUGAUUUAUAGUGUAUUGUAUAAUGUUUAUAUGUGUGUUUAUUGUAAGCCGCCCUGAGUCCCCUCUCGGGUGAGAAGGGCAGGAUAUAAAUGUUGUAAUAAAUAAAUAAAACCAGAGAGAGAAGUGCAAAACAAGGGGUCCGCCGGAGCCAGAGACUGGCAAAUAGAAGGGAUAAUGGUUAUUGUUCCCAUGGGAAAGUUUUGGGAGUUUGUACUCCGUAAAUUCUGAACAGUCCGGAAUCUGAUAAAACUGGAUUUUCUUGCGGUGUCAACGUUGCUUUCUUGGAGAGAGGUUUUCUCCGUCUCCAGCUCUUGUUUCUUUCCAAGCCAAGUUCCAGUCGGGCCAUGCCGUGCAGCUUCUCUCGAGUAGACCUUGACUUUAUUUUGGUUGUUUUUCCUCGUUCCUGUUUCAAGUUUGCCUCAGCCGUGACAACCUUGCUGCCUUGAUUGCUACGAAGUAUUUCCAGUGGAUCGAACUCUGUUUCUGCCGGCCUUGUUUCUCUGCUUCAACUCAUGGACAUUUUGAUUUCUUUGGAGAGCUAUCGAGUUCUCAUUGUGGAUUAUAAUAUCGGACCUUUCCCUUUACCCAUUUGGAACCACCAUUGACUCUCUAAAAAGAACUAUUCCUUGUUCAGACUCUAUACCUAACUUCCUUUGGAUUUAUAAUUGCUUUAAUAAAGAUAUAGUGUGUUA